AUGGGGCCGGCCGGGGCGCUCAGCCUGGCCGGGGUGCUGGUGGGGGACGGCGGGGUGCAGCCAGCCGGGCCCCCGCUGCUGCUGGACCUGGGGGGCACGGUCCCUCCCGGGGGGGAUGCUCUGAGCCACGGCCGGGGCCUGGACUGCUGGGAGGUACGGAAACACAACAGCUCCGAGUGGUGCCGCUUCGUCCGGAGCAACCCCGACUGCCGGCUGGAGGGCGGCUUCCUCGACUACCUCGAGGGGGUCUUCUGCGUCUUCCCCCCCCGGCUGCUCCCCUUGGCCGUCACCCUCUACGCUCUCUGGCUCCUGUACCUGUUCGUCAUCCUCGGCGUGACGGCGGAGAAGUUCUUCUGCCCCAACUUAUCGGCCAUCUCCACCAACCUGAAGUUGUCUCACAACGUGGCAGUCUUUUCCUUGACAAGCCCUCUCCAUGGUGUCACCUUCCUGGCCUUUGGCAACGGGGCACCGGAUGUCUUCAGCGCCGUGGUGGCCUUCUCUGACCCCCGGACGGCGGGGCUGGCCAUCGGGGCCAUCUUCGGUGCCGGUGUGUUCGUGACCACGGUGGUGGCCGGGGGCAUCGCCCUGGUCAAGCCCUUCACGGCCGCCUCCAGGCCCUUCCUCAGGGAUGUCAUCUUCUACAUGGUGGCCGUCUUCCUCACCUUCAUGGUCCUCUACUUUGGCAGGAUCACGCUGGGGGAGGCUCUGGGUUACCUGGGGCUGUACGUCUUCUAUGUCUUCACCGUGGUGCUCUGCACCUGGAUUCACCGGCGGCAGCGGGGGGAAGGGCUGGUCCCCCCCGGACCCUGGGAGCCAGAGAUGCCGACGGAUGCCGAAGAGCAGGAGUCCUCAGGCACAAACAGCGGGGACUACGGCGAGGAGUACCGGCCCCUGCUCCCCUCCCGGGAGACCUCCCUGCGCAUCCUCACCACUGCCCUCAGCCCCUUGGACUACCGCAAGUGGAGGAGGAAGCCCUGGUACUGGCGGCUCUUCAAGGUCUUCAAGGUGCCGGUGGAGCUGGUGCUGCUGCUCACUGUUCCCGUCGUGGACCCCGACAAGGAUGACCUAAACUGGAAGAGACCCCUCAACUGCCUGCAUGUCCUGACCAGCCCCCUGCUCUGCGUCCUCACCCUGAAGUCAGGCGCCUAUGGGCUGUACCAGAUCCAGGGCAUCUUCCCAGUCUGGGGACUGGUCACACUGGUUGGGUCUGUCCUGGCCAUCAUCACUUUCAUCACCACAAGCAAUGAGGAGCCACCCAAGUACCACUGCGUAUUUGCCUUCCUCGGGUUUUUGGCCAGUGCCAUGUGGAUCAACGCUGCAGCCACGGAGCUGGUGAACAUCCUCCGGACCCUGGGCAUCAUCUUCCAGCUGAGCAACACUGUGCUGGGCUUGACGCUGCUGGCCUGGGGCAACAGCAUCGGCGACACCUUCUCUGACCUCACCAUGGCACGGCAGGGCUAUCCCCGCAUGGCCUUCUCCGCCUGCUUCGGAGGCAUCAUCUUCAACAUCCUGGUUGGCGUGGGACUCGGCUGCCUGCUGCAGAUGACCAGCAGCCAGCUGGUGGUGAAGCUGGAGCCUGACAGCCUCCUGGUCUGGAUCCUCGCCGGGGCCCUAGGGCUGAGCUUGGUCUUCUCCUUCGUGUCGGUGCCGGCGCAGUGCUUCCAGCUGGGCAAGGCGUACGGUGUCUGCCUCAUCCUCUACUACCUGACCUUCCUCUGCGUGGCCCUGCUGACCGAGUUCAGGAUACAGGCUUUCACAAAAAAUAACACUCCCUGUGCCUGCAGCUACUGGCUCUGCCCUGAACCUGCUCACAAGUUACCAGCAGCUGCCGGAAUUAUCCAGGGAGACGAGCCCUACUCCCUUACACGCAGCAGGGCUAAAGCAAUCGAAACCGUGGCCAACGUACCAAUACAGAACCCAAAUGCUCCCACCAUGCUACGCAGGGAGAGAUUUUCAGAAGCAGCUGUCUUGCCCACUUUUGAAAGUCUCAUCCACCCAGGAAAUGCUCUUGAGCUGCCCGGGUAG